AUGAUGGCUACUCAUUGUAUACCAAGACAAAGUUGCAACAGCCGCAUGGUCGGCUGGAUCGGUGGUGGCGAUCACCCCACUAUAGCUUACCAGAAGGUCACGAGAACAGUAUAUAUGCAUCACAAGUCAAGUUGUCAGUUCUUGUCUUACCCUGGGACGGAUAUACGUAACUGUAGUGGAUUCUACGUUUACAAACUGAAAUCAACCACCACAUGUUUCCAACGGUAUUGUGGUGUUAAUGGUAAGUGUCACAUCAAGAACAUAAUUUUUUUUUAGCUGUAUUGCAUAUAGCAUUAUUUUUUUUUUUUUGCAGAUUUAUUUAUUUUUAUUGUAAUUAAUUUAUUUAAUGAUUAUUUGAACAAGGUAAAAACAACCAUCAGGUAAAAAAAAUUCCAAUUCAAUGACUAAUAUCCUAAGAACCUAAAAAUCCUAAUCCUAACAUUGUUUUAACUUACAACAAUGUGCCAUUUAAAAUCUUGAUUUCCAGGGAUGCCGUGUUUAAUAAUUAUGAUUGAGAAGGUGUUUAAAUUUGUUCUAUGAACCAGACUCUCUAAUGUUACAGGCCCUAAGCUUUUCCAAAGGGUUGCGCCGCUAUAAAUAAAGCUAUUUUUCAUGUAGUUAGUUCUUGGAAAGAGGCAAACAAGUUUGUUUACCAAGUCCUUCAGAGGAUUGUCUGAUUCAUUUCACUUUAUAAAUUUAGACGUGAGAUAUUCAGGAACCAGACCUUAAAAAGACUUGAAAACCAUCAAGGCGUUCUGAAUUCAAGGUUGAGAUUUCAAGUCUUUCCAACUGAGUUUGUGAAACAAGAAAUCGGCAUAUACGUCAUAGUUUGAUGAAGUUAUCAGACGCGCAGCACAGUUUUUGUAGCUUGUUAGAUAAUUUUUUGCCACAAUUACCCCAGAUUAGGCCGCAGUAAUCAAAGUGAGACUAAACUAGUGAGUUGUUUACAUUAAGUCGAGUGGAUUCGCUUUAUGGUCAUUUUACACAGUUUAUCAACGUAGGAAUGCCACGCUUAAUUUUCACCGAUAUAUAUUCCAAGGGAUUUCACAGAGGAAACUUUUUCAAUCGGAACAUUAUCUAUGGAAAGUUCGAGUGUAUCAGAUAGAGUACUAAAUCUUUGACUGGAUACUGUUUUCUCAUGGCUGGAGGUUGCCUGCGGGGUAGACUGGUAUUCUCUCCGCCACCCCGUUUUUAUUGGUGUUCAUACACUUUGGAAAGCGUGGGGGUGGGGUAAGGGGGGUGUAGGGGAAUGUAAAGGACAGCUCGAGAAAGAAAAAUGGUUAGAUAUUACACGUUGUACCAUUUAUUGCAAAAAUAGGCUUGAAUGUCCACAUUUCCGGCAGAAUAGAUGUCUGGUAAUACUGCUUUGAUCCAAAUUUCUUACAUUAAUUGUAAAAUUGGGAAGUAAAACAAAAUCAAGUUGAAAAGGUUACAUAUACAGUAGAGAUACGGGCGGCCCUAAGUUUCAGUGAUAUGGUUUGGUCUUUCUUUUUAAAAACAGUGUUUCUCUUUAUGCGGUUUUAAUUGUUCUUAAGCAAGUUGAUGAAUAAAGAACACCCAGGCAAAUAAAAGUGCAAAACAAUCAUGGCGUCCCAAGCUGUUUUAUGGAAUUUUUCCUAUAAUAUUUAGAUAAUUCUAUCAAUAUCUAACGAAACUGUGGACAUACCAUGUUUUGGUAAGAUUCAAAAGUACCUUUAUCAGAGCUGAUUUAGUAUGAAAAUUGAAGCACUUAUGAUGCUUGUGGGUACACGUGGGCGCUUUAGUAUUUGGUUUACUCAUGAUUAGUUGGGCAUUAAGCCAUUAAGUAAUUUCUUUGUUAGAAUGAUUUCGUCUUCAACAGAUGAGAACGAUGCAUGUUCUACCAAUCCUGGCUCAACUGCAUGUAUCUGUCCAUCUGGUUAUUCGGGCACUCCUUGUCGAGGUAUGUGAGCUAUAAAAUUGAUUGAUGGUAGUCACUUCCCUCUAGGAAGCUUGGUUUAGAGCUUUAUCGCUUAGAAAAAAAUCGAAAAAUAGUAUUUUUCCCUCCCAUUUGAUAGUUUGUUUUUUUGUUUUCGUACUUAGUGCAAAUUUUAGUAAAGCUUCACACCUUAGAUUUUAAGUGAAUCCUAAUGAAACGAGAAAGUUGAAAUACUUUGGAAGGAAAGCCAUUGGUCGUUAAUGACGCUAAAGGACUAAAGGGGAUGGCCUUUACGAUUGAUUUCUGCCCAGAAUAAGGUUUUGUCCGAUAUCGAUUAUAUCGCGAUUUUUUCCCAUCUUCCGAUUAAAUAAGUUAAAAAGAUAAUUUCAUUGAAUUCCCACGGUUGGGAAUUGACAUAAUUUCCUCAUUAGUUCUUUUAACCAUCUGCUUUGUCCUUGUCUAAGAAAGUACAAAUUGUUUAUUGGUUUGUUGUCUUUUCCUUGUCAUUAGAUAACGAUGAAUGUACCACAGGAAGCCAUAAUUGUCACUCACAAGCCACAUGUACCAAUACUCCUGGAGCCUUUACAUGCUCUUGUAAAGUUGGUUUUACUGGCAACGGUGUAUCUUGUAGCGGUAAGUUAGUUUUGACAUUUCGACUUACAUCUCUCCAGGUUCCCUAGAGCGUCACGCUUAAAAUGGUAAUGAGGUCUCCUUAUAUGCAAGUUUCACAACAUACCAUAUUUGGACAAGAAAAACAACAAUAGGUAAAAAUGAAAAGCUUGAAAAAGGUGGUGGGAACUACUGGUGUUACAGCCGCAACAUUAUUUCGAGAAAUCCAAGGAUUUCUGUAUGUUAAGCUGACUAAAUAAACUUCUCAAGAUGCUUAAAAAAAAAGGGGGGGGUGGGAAGGGGAGACUAGGAGAACAAUGACAAGAGAAAAAAAUUGAUUAUAUAUUAUCGGCCUCUAUUGUGAAGUUAUCUUUCAAGGGUAAGUGGCAUGACCAAAGGUAAAAAUCAACUUGUCUCAUACGGAAUACGGAGUGAUUGUUCGAAAAUUAUUAAUAAUGUUCACCUAAAACGAACGGAAGGAACUUGAAAGUCCCACUUGUGGCAGAACUCCGCUACAAUUCCUCAAUUGCUAGAUUGCUUUUAAUGUAGAGUUAGUAACUUAAGCUGUAAACUUUUCAGUGAAGAAAUCAUCAUUCUAUUGAACAGAUAUUGAUAAGAGUGAGGUGUUAGCGAUAUCAAUCUACGCCACCCUUAGCUUGUUAUCAUUCUUUUAGAUAUCGACGAAUGCACUGAUGGUGCCCAUGACUGUCACCAAGAUGCCGAUUGUGAAAACACAGAGGGUGAAUUUACUUGUAGUUGCAAACAAGGCUUCACAGGAGAUGGACGUCUAUGCACAGGUAAAACAUUCAUACCCCCUGUCCUCCCUCCCGCUAUUGGGCGCUUGUUUAUCUUUGUCGACUAAAAAAGGGGAAAAAAAAGUUCGAUAGAUAACUUCGUUUAAAUAUUUUGGCAGCCUAUGUUGAUCCCAGAGCUCAAAAAGUCUCUGAAAAUGUGAUUUUUUUUCCAUUUCCACGCAAAAAGUUAGAGUUCUCAAAAUGUUAUAGUUUGUGUACACGAACUGAUUACGUUUCCCUGGCGGCAGAUGUUGAUGAAUGCACAGAUACCUCGCAUAACUGUCAUGCCAAAGCAGAUUGUUCCAACACUUAUGGAAGGUUCAACUGCACCUGUUUUGAAGGAUAUUCAGGAGAUGGUGUUACAUGUAUUGGUAUGAUAGUCAUUAUAAAUACUUAAUCUACAACCAUGCAACCAUACACAGUGUUCCUUAAUAUUUUUGAUCGAGAUGUCUCGACAUUGAAAGUCUUUGUGGCUUUUCCGAUGCAGUUCAUUCCCAUAAUUACUAAAUGAUUUCCAAAAAAAGCAGGAUAGCCAGCCGUAUAAAAGAAAAAAAUAAACAAACAAGCAAAAAAUGAAGAGCACAGAAAUACAAACAGGAAAAAUAAUUUUUUUUUACUGUUUACAUCGGCAUAAUUUCCAAGCAGGUUUUUACCACCCCUUGAGUUUUCCAGGACAACCCUUGACCUUACCCAUGAUACUGUAUGGUAUGUGGUCACGAUUUAGAACUUUGAACUAAAAAAAUACAAUCCCACAGACAUUGAUGAGUGUACCACAGCAACGCACAACUGCCAUGGUGUAGCUCACUGUUACAAUAAUAAUGGAUCAUUCACCUGCGAGUGUAGGACUGAUUACCGAGGAGACGGUAUUUCUUGUGAGCCCUUAGGUAAGUGAGAUAGUUCUUCGUUUGACCAUCAUAAACUAGUACCGAUAGUAACCCCCUACAAACGCCUAUGAAAAGAAAAAACCUUCGAGGCAUACAGGUUAUCUCGCUUUAGUGUGAUUGAUUCACAAAAAUGCGUUUAACCCUGGAAGUUCAUUGCAUCUCGAUCUACAGGAGAUUUCCCAGUAACGAUUAGGGAUAUAUCCAAGGACAAAUAUUUGGCAACGACUGUCAAGCGGUCUGAAAAAAGUAUCCAUCAGGCAAUCAUCGAAGAUCUUCCAGAUAAACCUGUGUUGGAAAGUGUCAUGGAAUGGCGUUUAAUCAGUGAACAGGAGCUGGAAGCUUCUGAAUCACCAGUGGGAACUUUAGUUAGUCAAGGAACUGCACAGUGGAACAUAAAUAGGCGAUCCGUACCUUCUGGAAACUAUCUAGUAACAUUUACUGUGUCUAUUAGAGUCGGUGAUCCAGCAUCCUCAGAAACUCUCAAGGCUUUUGAUUACGGCUUUAUCAAAGUUAUUGCAGCUCCUUUGCGGGCCAUCAUCGAUGGAGGAAGUAGUGUUCUUUGGGGUUCUAGAGAGACUGUUACAGUGGAUGGAUCCCUUAGCUAUGAUGGAGAUGUUGGUCCUGGAAACUCUAGCGGGCUGAAAUUUACCUGGUCCUGUUAUCGUCUUGGAGAUAAUACUUCCGUCAGCGAUAACUGCUUUGGUUCUUUCAAGGGAGACGUAACUCUAACAUCCAUAGAAAUUAUCCCUCGUGGGCUUAAAAUAAGACACCCAUACGUUCUCAGACUAAAAGUGUCCAGAGAUGAUCGAAGUCAUUUCGCCGAAAUUAUUUUUGAGAUAGCAGCUGGUGAGAUACCUCAAGUUAGCUUAAGGUAUUUUAAAAUGAUUGUUUUAUUUUAUUCUUCCUCUCUUUCAGUCUUCCUCUAUACACAGCCUUUCCUUUUUGUUAAACCCUUAAGAGUACAUUACAAAUUGCUGAUUGCAGUGGCUUUGUUCUACCUUCAACCAAUCACACGCAAAGCUGAGGCGUAUGUUGACUUGGCCUUAAGCAAUGUUAAGUGUGUCAGGAAAUUGAUCUCUUUUGUAGAUCAUUGUUGUUGCUACUAUUGUUUUCUCCUCAGAUCGAUGCAAAAUGAAUUAUAACAAUCAAUAUACUUUAAUUCUCCUAUUUUCAUGCAGGUGUUUCGUAGACUGUGGUAAAGUAGUGUCUGCUUCAAACAAGUUUCGAGUGACAUCAGAGUGUCUCAAUUCUCCCUGUAUUGGUUCUGAGUAUAUAUGGCAAUUAAUGAGGUUGAAUGAUAAUUCAAAACAACUGGAGCGCAUAGCUAUCUUACCCAAUAUGACAUCAACUGCAAUAAAUGCAACCAACAUGAUUAUCAAAAAGAAAUCCUUGCAGUCAAGCUCAAAAUACGCCCUGAACCUGACUGUAAUACCCCCCGGUGGGACAGCAGGAUUUGCAGUGCUGGAGUUUGAGACAGCUGGACAGCCCCAUAGUGGCUAUUGCGAGCCAUCAGCCGUUGUAGGUUUCUCUUUGGAAACAAAAUUUUCAUUUGAAUGCUUUGAAUGGCAAGAUAAAAAUAAACCACUAUCUUACGAAUUUCGCGUCGGAGACGAGCCAAUAUCUUACGGCACCUCUGCAAAAUCUGUUUCAACAGUCUUACCCUCUGGAUUACCGGAAAACGAUUAUCAGCUGUCCAUCAACGUUAUUAUUAAGAAUUCUGUUGGUGUGGCUGUUGUAAAGAAGCUCUCUGUAAAGGUAAUAAUAAAACUGUACGCCCUCAGAAGAGGGUUUCUCUGAAAGGACCAUCAAAUGUACAAUAGGUACAGGUAUAAUAAAGUUGAUGAACCACGAGUACUGAGACGUAGGCGGAUAAACGGGUGGAAGAAGGAAAAGACGAAUCAACUCAAAACAAUAAAAAUAGUAAUUUUGUUGAUUUAGUGACUUUAGUGACCACGAUUCGUUUUAAGUAUAAGUGAAUCUCAGUAAGCUGAGAUUGCUGAACCAGUCGAAAGGCGCAAGAUAUUUUUGUAAAAAGAAAACUUUAUUCCGCCAUGUAUUAAAGCCUUCUAACACUUGUCCUGUUUUCCAAAAGGUGGUGCCAUCGACCCAACUCGAUCCUUGCCGUUCACAGAUAGAAGAAGUUUCUAGCAAGUUGAAAGGGUUUGUCAUUGGGGAUGACAGCGACUUGGAUAAGUUUCUGAAGAAGGGUGAAAUUAGUCAAGCCUCCCAACUUGCUAUUACUGUCCUCCAAUCAGCUAACGAGGAAACAAAGUGUGGGCAAACGCUAGGCCAAGAUACCAAAACACUAGUGGGUCUACUUACCGUGAUAAUAUUUUUUUCAAAUUAGCGAUGGAGAGCUGUGUAUUUGUUUGUUUCUAUGCUUUUUUUUCCCGAUAAUCUGCUUGUUUUUUUAAUGUUAUCCACAAGUAAGCAUCUCAUACACUUAUAUACAAAUUAGCUGUUGUAUAGUUGAUAUUAAUCUGAAGUAUCAAUUUCAAAAUUUAGUUAUCCCUUGUAAGCGUUUUUAACUCCUCAAAACUUUAGAUACUUAAUUUUCCGGCGUAGAUUUCAAGUACGUUGGUGGAGAAGUUCACUUCCAUAAAGCCGGAGGACCUACAGAUGUCUCGAACUGUAAUGAGUGUAGUAAAACUAGCAGGUGGUAACCAAGAAGCCUCAUCUUGUAAUGACUGCGGUAAUUCUGCGGUAAGAAUCUUCCCUUUUCCUCUUUUUACACAUAAACUGCGACGUAUCAGAAAACACAUGAAUAUUGUUUUGAUCGCAAUCAAAUGCCUUUCUUAAGAAUGAAACUAUGAAACUAACGGAUGCCACAACAGAACUACUAAAGUCUGCCCUUGGCGACUUAGAGGAACCAUUUUCUGAUGAACUGGAAGAAUCGGCUGUGAGUAUCACCACGUGUCUAAAAAACAUUCUAAAGUCUGCCCCAGGGUCGAACAAAGAAAGUGGCGAUUCAAGGAAGAGCACUGAAUCUGAGAAGGUAUGACAAAAUUAAAUUCACGAAAUUAAGUAAACGAGAGUGAGUUGUAUUAUGUCACCCUGUACAAGCCAAACUUAACUUCUACAAUUAUUUGCAGGAGGAUGAGAGUGUUUGUGUGAAGAUGAAAUUGUGUGAUCCAAACAAAAAUAUGUGACCCUUAAAAAUAAGAUAUAGAUUUAGCCAAGCCUAAAAAGGGGAGCUCUUGUUAAUUUAUUUUCCAUCCCUUCGUUAUCAUAAAAACUGUAAUGAAACUCUUCAGCAUAGGCUGUAGAAGAGUUUCUUCAAGGGGAUUUAGGGACCAGUCGGGGGGGGGAGAAAGAUGUUCUUACAACUUGCAAAGUAAUCGAGACAUGCAUGUUGGUCAGCGGUAUCUUCAAGCAGCUAACAAUCUUCGUUGUUAUUCCUGAUGUCGAAUUUAGUGUUUUCUACUUCAGAUGACGUGUAUGGCGCAAGCAUCAGUCGAAAUUAUAUUGUGCGCGACGCUUAGUUUCGGUUUGGGAAAAUGAGCCAAAAUUGAAAGAUACGGCGGUAAACCACUUCGCGCUAAGACGAGAAAUCGACAUCACAGGUCGACUGAAGAGUAUAUACGUGAGGACAGUGAGUCAGAGAAACAAUACGCCAGAACCGUAUGGGCUUCUCUUAUAUCUUUUCUUUCAGUCGCCAGGUAUGACUGCUUUCCCCAACGUUUUUCCCUAACAUUCCAACCUCCUCUGAUAAGCUUAGAAAAUUAAAAACAAAAAUCAUUUUCCACUUGCGUUUGAACCUGUUAUUUUUUUUACCUUUUCUCUAUUGGCUAUUCUUGUUUCAUGAUCGUCGACUGUCUGGAAAUACCCGGCGUCUUUUAUAUAUAUAUAUAUAUAUAUUUAUCUUUUCUGUUAUUUAAUUCGGUGACCUCUAUUGUAACUGCAGAUAAUUUCCAUGAUCUAAGCAACUCUAAUUACUGAAAUACGAAAUUUGUCUAACAUGUUUCUCACGUUGCGAAAGUUUGAUUUAAAGGAAGACAAGCUAGAACAAAAAAUAUCAUAAUUAAAACUUGAUGACAAAGAGAGACUUAAGAUUCAACAAUAAAGACAUGCAGAAAACUUGAGAUAAUACAUGGUUUUACAUCUCAGACCAUGUUUGAAAUGUCAAUCCGUAAUAAGUUAUCUGGAUUGGGCAGGGUGUGCGUCGGAAUAGGCUCUCUUAUUUGUAUCAUUAACUUGCUAAUCGCUCCUGUUGCAAAUGUUUUGAUGAGGUUGGGCUAUCAGGACAAAGGAAUUGAGGAUUUUUAUAGGCGGUGACUUUUUUCAAACCUGGAAACUAUCAUCGUGAAAAGCCAAACUUAUGCCUGGUAACUUAUUCUUAUUCUGAUAAACUAGUUUUAAGGAUACAAUGUUUUAUUAAAUAACUGAUGUAUAGGCUGUGCAUAAAACUUUAAUUUGACUAUACUUUUAUAGCCAAUUUCAAACCUUACACAUAAUAAAUUAUUAGUAGGAUCAGAGGAAAAGUGAUGUGCGAUACAUCUGCAGGAAUUCAGGUAAUUAUUUUAAUUACAUGAAGAUUAACUGAUACUAGGAGACCUAAGAAUAUUCAGAAGAAUAUAAAAUUUGGUUGAAAAAUCAGAAUUCGGCACAGGCCGGAUAAAUAAGAUUCUCAGAAAAGGAAAUCUGCAUUAAUGAAGUAGCCAAAUAAACUUUUUUAACACCUGCCUGUAUUUGUAUCGUACGUAGUAGAGUCAUUUGACAUAUUGGUAAUCCUGGUUUUAAUUUUGAAAACCCACGCGCAUGCAGAUUUACUACAAACCUGUAGUUCAAGCCUGCAGUGACUACAUAUUUUUGAUGCACACCUCAAAAGGAAAACAAAUAAAUUUCAAGUUUCUAUUGAUUCAGUUUUGGUGAAUUUGAGUCAAACAUUCAUACGACGACAGAUUCUAGAAAUUUUCACAGCUAAUUUACAGGGUUGGCCUACCUGGAACAAUAACUUUCACGUACAAAUGAAAUCCCUGUUUUACAAGAAACAAAUAAUCAAGAGUUGGUAGUAAUCAACAACCCAGGGUCUGCCUUUAAUUUAAAACUUAAGAGAGUGCUUAAAUAUAGAAAUUUGCUCAUGCGCAAAGGAACUAUCUGUAGUAAGAGAGCAGGCUUUCCUUGCUUCAUUUAAAAAAUACCGAGGUUAUCAUCUUUCUAUAAGGUCAGUGGACAAUAAUGAGAGUGAAUGAGACUGAUAGUGUCUAUGUUAUUUGAGCAAAUAUCCAGAGGAGGUUUAAAAGUAAGAUAUGGUCUGCAUAACUCUCCUAUUUUAAGUUACGAACUUAUAAAGCUAAGACAUUUAUAUUCUUGCCUUGUGCAUUAUGUGGUCAUAUGCCUUGUGACGAAUUCCUCACAUCAAAGUUAUUUUUGGUAUGAGCAAUGGCAAGAAACACCAUGCACUGUUACUAUUUGAGCAAGAGUAUUUAAUGCAAUCUAAAUAAUAAUAUUAAAUGUUACAAUGUCGUUACUUACACAGCCAAAUUAUAUAAUAACACAAUUCCGAACGAAGGAAGUCAGGUUAUUGACUCACCUGCUUCAACUUGUGAGUGCUUAAGGUGCAGAGAAAUAGAUACGGUAAACAAUUACACUUAAUACGAAGCUGAAAGUCGAAAACCUAAAAGACACACAUCACAAUCAUCAAACCCUAUGCAUCCUAGCAAUAAGGUUGUUAAGCGAAGAGGAUGUGGCUCCAUGCUUUGUGAGACAAAUCAUUUCCUGAAGCUCUAACGAAUCGAGUAGAAAGCAUGAAAAUAUGGCGCUGAAAAGUACCAUGACCAAAAAAUGAAAUUCACUCCUCCUGCAGUAGGGCUAAUACAAUUUUAUCUGUCAGAUGUUUUGCACCACACACUUGAGGUCAGUAAUUUAAUUCUCAGAUUUUUGACGGGUUCUCACACGAAAAAUUGACAAACACAAAUAACCGUGCUAUAAUUAAUUUAAAGAUGAACAUCGCUGACUCAAUCUAAUUUUACUUCAAUUUUAGGAAAGGCCAUUACUUCGGUCUUAGGGUAAAACACACAUCUUCGCUCCGCUGGUAUCGUUGCUUUGCGAGUUGAUCAUAGAUUGCAGAAUACUGAGAAUUAAUGUUAAACUCCAACCUCACUGGUUUGAUUUCCUGCUCAAAAUAUGGGUUACAAAUUAUUUUCUUACGCGGCUUACAUCUAUCACCUACGCGAGGCCUCCGUGUUAUACCUAGCUGUGUGGUACGCUGCAAUAAAGUUUAGCGUUUGAGUAUGCUUACUUUAUUAUCCUUUGCCGGUGUCUCCUGGCGCAAGCUAAUUGGGUAUCCAAGUUACUCACACAAUCGCACCUGCGCAUUACCUUCUCCUUCACUCUUCCAUUACGUAAUGGCUAAUGCCGUUCUCCGCGCAUAUGAAAAGUAGCAAAUUGUUCAGUCGGUCGUUCGGUCGUCAUAAGUCCAAAUUUUUCGGCCUGAUGGGUUACUAAUCCUACUAUUUCCGAUAAUUAUAGGGCUACGCUGCGCGCACUGUGAGCUCAGCUAUUACGACAAACAUUAUUAAACAAAUAACACUUGCAAAGGCUUAGUCAAGGCUUAGCUAAUUCCUCAGACAUCACAUUUAGUGGAAAAUUUCAUUGGGUUUUUUUUUUUUACGACAGGAGAGUGGGAAAAAAGCUGCUGAAAAAUUGGACGCUAUGAAUAAUGCAUUUUUCACCCGUCUUGUUCCCUCUGAAAAUCUUGUCUUGAAAACGCCUGGCUUGACAUCGACCCUUAAGAAGGUAUCUGCUGACGGUAUAAAGGGUCUUAACAUGGAAGAUGGACCAACAAAAUUUAAACUACCAGGAAACCUAGGGAAUAUGGUUGAUGGAAACAUUAAUGCAAAGGUAAGGAUUUUUAAAGUGUAGAUAAACAACAAACCUCGCAUUUCCAAAUUGGAUGUCAUUUGAAAAUAUCUGUCAACGCUUUUAGCGUUGCAUCAAAAGUUUGAACCUUUUGUUUAAAAUUACUCUCCAUACGCCACUCAUUGCUCAGAAAUUGUAUUCGAUCCAAUAGCUUUGAUAACUAAGUGUUUUGUAACACUAUUUGAAGUUUCUCAGUUACAAUGAAUAGCUUACACAUUCUCUACUGCAGUACUGUGAAAACGUCAUGCACAUAAACUCUGAAACGUUUCCCAAAUACACUACAUUGUCAAAUAAUACGUGGUAUAUAUAUUGAAGCAGGUUAAGUUUCUCUUUUGAUAAAUUUCGUUUAAUAUUUUUGCCUUAAAUCAUCAGGAAAUUGAUUCUUAAAGUGUGAAAAUACUGGUUUAAUCAACUGAACUGGUAACCUCGGGGAGCUUCUAAAGCGGAGAGUUUCUAAAGCUGAUUUUUCGAGGGUCAGCCCUCCGUCAGAGCAAAUAGUCUUGCUAGUAAAUUACGCCUUUUACUUGAAAGAGUAUAACUUCCGUGUUUUUGCAGAUGAAAAGUGCUGACUUUAAUCCCUUCUCUUGGGACAAUAGCAGCAAGAAAGUCCAGUCCAGUGUCAUUAGCCUCGAGCUUCAAACGGAAAAUGCAACAAGACUGAAUGUUUCAAACCUCGACGAUUAUAUUGAAAUAGUUAUACCUAUUUCCCCCCCUCCUUCAAAUACCAGCAACGGAUCAGAGCAUUAUUUUCUAAAGCCAAACAAAUUGACUGUGAGGAGGUAUUACGCAGACCUAGCAGAUGUACCUGUUUCCAUCAGGCUGGGAGUGGCAAAAGAGGAGACAUUAGUUAAGAUACUUGUGAAAUUUGCGUCAAGACCUACCACAGAGGACUCUGACCUCAACUUUACGCUAAAGCUCACGUCAAAGUGCGGAAAUGUGACAAAGAGCGAGGCCAAAGAAACUUUGUGUAUUCCAGAAGAGAGAAUAAUUACCGUACUUCCUACCGAACCAAGUCACAUUUACAUAGGUUUAUUAUUGGAAGAAUCGAAAAAUGCAAGCAAAAAUUCCAGAGAGAAACGGUCAUGCUUCGGGCAUGGUCGCCAGAGACGAUCAUGCGUUGGCGUCAAAGAUCCACCUCCGAAAGGGAUCCUUCAGACGAUUUUACCUCAAUAUAACCCACAAACUGAUGUCAACUAUACGUUGACCAUAACCCAGUCAAGUUGUUUGUAUUGGUCUGAAGAGGAGGAAAAAUGGACAUCCGAUGGUUGCAAAGUAAGUAUGAAUCCAGUUAUGAUUUCAAAUAAUGACUUAUAAAGGAGAACCGACCACAUUAUCCUACAAAGUGAGCUAAAUUUCGGUACGAAAUCUAUAAACAUGUACUGAUGGCACCUAUUUCUUAUAUUUCCUUGGCAGGUCGACGUGGGCUCUAACACCACGCAUCUCAAAUGCCUCUGCAACCAUCUGACGUCUUUCGGCGGAAACUUCAUUCAAGCUCCCAAUCCCAUUGACUUCGACAAAGUUUUCACGGAGUUUGCGCGACUUAGCGAGUCGGGCAACAUUUCAGUGCUCGUGACAAUUGCAUUUGCGUUCCUUAUUUACUUUGUAGCUCUUAUAUUUGCAAGGAGGGCUGACAAAAGAGAUCAAAGCAAGGUAUGCAUUUAAAUUUUGCAUGUAAUAUUUACGCACAAAUCAUCCUGCAGUAGUAAUACAGUUAAGAGCUUACGAUGAGAAAAUCAGUAGUCUCGCGUUCUUUCUUCCUUUCUUUUCUUUUCUCAUUACGCUGUGUACCAAAGUGCAGCUUCUUCUUUACACUUAUCUCUUUAUUGCCCUUAAAUCCAAAGAUAUUGAAGAUUCUGUCAAGCGAUGUGAACGGAAAUUAAACUGUCUUUUAUGUAGCUGUUUUCGCUGGACAUUUUAAUAGUUUGGGUGGGGAAAAUAAUACAAAGUUGUAUCUCCCAGUAUCAGCUCAAUGAUGUAACUAUUUUUAUGGGGCCACCACCGGGUAAACAAGGUAAAUUGUUGUAAUUACUUGUUUUCGCAGAUUUUCCCACCGCCACAGAUAAAUCUUGUUGAAGAAGGAACGUACUACUACGACAUGGUUAUCAGCACUGGUGUUUGGAGAGACUCAGCUACAACGGCAAACGUAACGAUGAGCAUAAAAGGAGACAACAAUGAACAUGAUCUCAUCACUCUUCAAAAACAUGGUGAUUUACAGGAAGUUUUUAGUCGAGGAAGUAUAAAUGGUUUUGUUCUGGUUACAAACGAGUCAUUAGGAAAUCUAAACGAAAUAACUUUGGAACACGAUAAUUCAGGAGAAAGUCCAUCUUGGUUUGUAGAAACAGUGGUAAUCAGAGACAGACAAACAGAAGAACGCUGGGUGUUCCCCAUAAAUAGAUGGCUCGCACUCGAAAAAGACGAUGGGCAAAUAGAAAUUAGUAUAAAAAGCAAAGCAGCUACAUCCUUUUCGGCGGAGGUGAGAUCGCGCUUUGGGAGAAAGAUAGCUGACAGCCAUUUGUGGAUGUCAGUCUUUGGUAAAGCGUGCAGUAGUACAUUCACGCGUGUGCAAAGAGUGUCGUGUUGUCUUUCAAUUCUCUUCAGUGCAAUGAUAGCCAAUGCCAUGUUUUAUAAUAUUGGCGGGGAGUCAGCGGGAGCAAUACAAAUUGGACCUUUCAAGUUCUCCUGGAGACAAAUAGUCGUUGGGGUACAGAGUGCUAUAAUAAUUGCACCUGUAAACGUUCUGAUUGUGUUUCUGUUUAAGUCUAGUAGAACAAAGGAGAAGAAAGAAGACAAAUAUAAAGAUUCAUUUCAGGCACAACAACUCGUCGAUGAAGUAAAUGGUCAAGGCUGUAUGCUGCCAUAUUUCUGUGUAUACAUCGCUUGGUUUCUCUGCUUUGUCACCACUAUGACAGCAGCAACAUUUACGUUAUUUUACAGUUUAAUGUGGGGUAAGGAAGUCGCUGAGCAGUGGCUGGCCUCCAUUCUUAUUUCCAAUGGACAAGACGUUUUUUUUUGUCAUGCAGCCAACAAAGGUCAUGUUAGCAGUUAUUUUAGUUUCCUUUCUUAUGACUAG